GAAAUAACUAGGUAGGUAACGUAUUAACGCCACGGUGACAAAGCCUCGGUGACGUGCAAUUUCGGUCGCAGGUAAUCGGCCUUCGGCAUCUUCAACACGACCACGAGGCGACGAGACGAAUCGCUUUAGCACGCCUAUCCAUACCCAUCACCCCUUUGAUCGUUGACCCUUUCGACUGGAUUGCUUUCCCCAAACCAUCCAUCACUCUCGACAAACAGCAAGGCCAGCUAAGUCCCAACCCGCACCAUGUCGCGCCAUCAUCCCGACCUGGUCAUGUGCCGCAAGCAAGCCGGCAUCGCAAUCGGGCGGCUGUGCGACAAGUGCGACGGCAAGUGUCCCGUCUGCGACUCGUACGUGCGCCCGACGACGCUGGUGCGCAUCUGCGACGAGUGCAGCUUCGGCAACUACCAGAACAAGUGCGUCGUGUGCGGCGGCGAGGGCAUCUCGGACGCCUUCUACUGCUUCGAGUGCACCCGCCUCGAGAAGGACCGCGACGGGUGUCCCAAGAUCAUCAACCUGGGCAGCUCGCGGACGGAUCUAUUCUACCAGAAGAAAACGAAUCGGUCGACGUUCUAGUGAUGGGGUGGCCCGGGUUUGGGCUGGUUUCUCUUCUCUGGAUUGGCGUUGGUGUGGAUGGAUGGCAUGGGCGAGUUGAUUUCCUGGGAGGAUCUUCUGCA